UUGCGGUAGCUUCGGUGUGGCUUGUUGGGCGGGACUUAUAUUGCAAACAAAGUAGUCUGUCGCUUAUCGUCAAACGUGGCAGUAUAACCAGUAGUCGCAGUAAUAGGUUUAGUUCAUGUUGUCAUUACAUAGCGUGUGAACAUAAUCGUGAUUGUUACGUAAAUAUUUACUGAAGAACAUUUUCAGUUUGAAGAAAUAACCAUCUCCUGAUUGAGUACUGGAACUGCCUCCGUUAACUAGCAAGCAGUAGAUGGAACCGAAGUUGAUCAAAGAGGAAGUUCCUGACCGUGACACUGGUUCUUCCAGCUGCAGCAGCAACAGCAAGGAGCCCCCCCGGGGUGGUCGCCAGCCCACACCACCGGCGCACUCCGAGGGAGGUGGGGGUCAUGCUACCAGAACGCCCAGAUCAAAAGGAGCCACGAAGGAGCGGGUGAAGACGCCAGACAGUCCAGAGGGCGCUCACCUAAUUCUGUCGUCUGCGGGCGGUAACUCCAACUCGACUAGUCCCACCACUGCCGCCAUUUCAAGCAGCACCACGACGCUGAGAUACGCCACUCAGAGUGGCCUGACUACGGCGCUACAGAAUGGCGCCAAUGGUCAAUCAGUCAGCACCGGAAAUGUGUCACCUGUGUUGAACGGAAGUGGCGCCAGUGGAGGCAGCCUGAGCCCACCGCUGCCUCCAUCUGCAGCCCUGUCACUGUCGCUGCUGGACUCCCAUGUCCAUGGCACGAGCAACAGCGGACGCACUCUGGGCAAGAUGAAACGCUUCCUGAGCACCUUGGUCCAGUUCGGCAAUGACAUCGCUCCUGAUACCGGCGACAGGGUCCGCGCUCUCGUCUUCAGCCUAGUCAGUAACAGCAUAACGAUUGAAGAGUUCCAUCACUCGCUGCAAGACGUUACGAACUUUCCGCUUCGCCCAUUCGUGGUCCCGUUUCUCAGGGCUCAUCUGCCUCUCCUCCAGCGCGAACUCAACAACCUCGCACGGCUAGCCAAGCAGUCGCCUCAGCAGUAUUUGCGACACCACGAACACGUGGUGCUGGACCCGGCUUUCUCUCCAAGCGAACCAUCCGAGAUCUUCCACUCCGACGUCACAGAGAACGGCAAACGCCGCGCUUCCGACAGCUAUUACGAAAACGGACUUGCUGGCUCGGCCGAGACGUGUUCUGGCGAAUAUCUUCCGACCCCUAAGCGCCACCACCCACACAGCAGCAGUAGCCACCUCCUGUUACAGCAUGGUGGAGGUCUCCUGUUCUCCCCUGGAGCCGGUGCUGGAGGAUCGGCGGCGUCCUCUCACCCCCACGUACCUCCACCUCCACAUCUGCAUCCUUCUACCGAUUAUCCGCAACAGUACGGGUAUGUCCCGUAUCCAGGCGCUGCCCACUGCAACCCUCGAGAAUCCAACGCUGACCUCCUCGCGGACAGGAGGCACGGCGACGAAGAGUGGAAGAAUAUACACGUGAUGCUGAAUUGUAUCUUAAGUAUGGUGGAGAAAACAAAGCGCGCACUAGCCAUCUUGCAACAUCGUGGUGCUGGUUCAGUAGAAAACGGCGCUGCUGGCAGUGGCAAUUCAGCGAAUGAUUGGUUACGAAGGUCGGCGCCGACAGAUGCCAGUGAAGCCAGAGACAUCAAGCGGACAGCAGGGGAAAUCAUGGCACAAACUAUCAGGGUUACAGAAGACAGAGUCGCAGAAGUUAAGAGAAGAGCGGAGGAAGCAGUGAAUGAAGUGAAGCGACAAGCAGUCGCAGAACUGCAGAGGGCCGUUGCAGCUGCUGAAAGUAAAGCGUGCGAACUUGUCGCGACGGAACGAGCCAAGAUGGAGAAAUUGCUGCUGGAAGCACGAAAGCAGGCGGCUGAAGAAGCUCUGGCAGCAGUUGUUGUAGCAAAUCAACAGCAGCAGCAAGCUGAAAGCAGUGAGGCGACAAACUCGCUUCCAGCCCCUUCUCAACAGAAUACUUGCUGGAACUGUGGUAGAAAAGCAAAUGAAACUUGCAGCGGUUGUAACAUGGCACGAUAUUGUGGAGCUUUCUGUCAACAUAAAGAUUGGGAGAAUCAUCACCAAGUAUGUUGUGGCCGAUCAACAAACCCGACUUCUGCGGCUGACAAGAAUGCGCCUACGCGUUCAGCCAGUAGUUCACGUUCUGGAACACCUGUAACAGCGUCGUCUUCAACGAAUGCGACAGUUGGAGCUGGCGAGGCUCGCGCCAAAAAGUGACGAUCUGCCCGUCCCCGUCAUCGACUUCAGCGUCAACGCAUUUCAACUGGAAAAUGCAAAAAAUAAGGCUGUAGUUGCAUUGGGUUACAUGAAAAUAUGUAUAUGGCUGCAUAAUUUUUAUGCAUUUGAAGAAGCUGAACAUAUCUUGUGAUUUACAAUUCCUUCCGACAAUAGCACGCGUUCCCCUGUCUGGCACGUAGGUUUAAACUCGGCACGAGGACAUUCUUUACCGAAACAGACGGUCGGUAUCAAAGCAGCAGUUUUAAGACGUGACUAGAACAGUCAUUUGUCGUUAACAUUUGAGUUUUAUUUGAAGUGAACUCAUGUUACUCCUAUAUUGUAGUGGUAAACUUUUAUUCAGUGUUCUGGCUGAGAACAAAUGCCAUUAAAUUCUUUUAGCCAAAAUUGUGAUGAAAAACACAGUUUAGUGAAUUCUCACAAUCAUCGUGGCACAGUUUUUUUUUUUUUUGAAAAUGCCGGUCUAAGAAGGUAAACUGGCCAGUGUUCGAUAGGAAGUGAAAAUAUGACUGCAUGAACUACUGACAACAUAGAAAUGCAGGUGUAAUAUUUAUGACAGCUACUGUCAGCUAGGAAAAGAAUUUAUCAGUAUUACUAUUAAACACUUUGCUUUGUAUAUUCAAGUUUCCCAUGUUUAUAAAUUGAGUUAUAGGAACUGGAAAGUAUAAGAAUCUUCAAUCUGAGAGAUGACCGAGAUAGAAGCGUACUGUGUGAAGACUACAGAUUAUGUUAUAUUUUGGAUUCAGUAUGCAGCAUUGCCUUCAGUGCAAGUCAGGCUAGUCAACAUCCAAAGAGUAUGGAUGUAUAUUUAAACAACAUUGUUUUCUGUUAUGACUGUUAACGUAUUCAGUGUUUCUCUUUUAUGAGCUCUGAACAAUUUUUCCAGCAGUGUGUUGCCAAAGAUUUAACGGAAUAUAUCGAGUGAGGUGCUGAUUAUUCUAGUCACAUUUGUAAAUGUUCUGAUUUACUGUUUUGUAAUUUGCAUUAAUGUGCAUGCAUUUGUUAUUGGUCCAUCAGAAUGUCUAUAAUGCAGUUUUUUCUUCUUUUUUAAGUUUGAAUAUUUGUGACUGAUUUGUUUGAUGGACGAUUGUUUUCAUCAGUCGGCUCCCUGUGUUUGUUUGAAGUCACCUUGGCCCUUUAAAGAAAAAAGAAAAUAUUACUUGGCCUUGAACUGAAAAAGUAAAUAGUGAAAGAUGACUGUCAACGUAACCUUCACAUCCCAAGUGUGUUUGGUAUUUAAAGCACAAUCUCACCAUAAUGUGUACUAACUUUAAAAGUAUCACUUGCUCAAUGCUCGCUAAUCACAAUUUGUUAUUUGUGUAUAAAAUUAGAAUUUAUGUGUUCUUGGUAUCUUGUUAGGCCCCUUUUAGAUAUGAAUUUCAUUAAAUUCAUCAGAAGAAUCACUCAUGUUUCUGUGGAAUGAGCAUUUUCAAAUAAACAAUCAUUGUCUUUUUUUCCUCUCAAUGCAACCAGCAGUUAAUGUAUCCGGCAUUUCUGAUGAAUGAGGAUUUAUUCGCUAUCAUCUCUGAAGAUGUGGUUGACUGCUCCAUUUAAAAAGCUGUACCACAUCUUCCAAGACAUUGGAGAUUUUCUGCCAUUUAGUGGGAUCUGAGGUUCUUAUGACAGUGAGUACAAAGACGGCUGUCUUCUGGAUUGUAGCUGCCUCCAUCGUCAGGUGAUCACAACAACCUAUAAAACGUUGGUAAACUUUUGCCAGAUUAAUGCUACAACGCAGAAGACGGCCAUCUUUGCUGCCAUUUAAAUGUAGCUGCAAUGGCAGGCAGGAUACCAUUUAAAUACACCUAUAAGGGGUUAAAAUGGAUGUUGAUACAGGUAGUUGUUUGACGUUGCAAUUCAGAGUCACUACAUGAUUGUUUAAAGAAAAUAUAAUGUAGCUGUAUCUUAAAGCAAA